AUUAUUUGUUAUGACUUAUGACGUUUGCAAUAUUGUUGAUCAACAAAAAUAAUUCCAAACAUUGUAGUAUUAUUAUAAACAAUAACAAUCUUGCAUAAAAACAAUAAACAAUGUCAUCGUGGAUAACAAUAACUCCCAGACUAGAGCAAGGACUGGAAAUUGUCGAAAAAAUAGACAGUGGAAAAUUUCGUAUUUUUGUAAAUAAAAUUUGCCAGAGUUUUUAUUCAUCAACAACUGGUAAAAUUUUCAACACUGAGGAAGAAGAAAAAUUACAAACUUCAUUAAAAAUUGAUCAAGAUGAAUUAAAUUUACUCAUUGAUACAGUUACAUUGAUUUAUUCACAAGCUGCAUUUAAUACUGUCAAACCAGGAGUCAUGGAAUCUUUCAUGAAAUCAUCAUUUUCAAUAUCUCAUGAUAAAAUCACAAUAUUUGUUAAUUCAUGGAUGACUCAUGCUAAAAAUAUCAUUGACAAUUUAAAAAAGAAAUCAAUUUUUCCAACACAAUUAGAAGACGUCAAUUGGUCAUUAAAUGUCCAAGCAUCAACAUCUGAUGAUCCAAAUGUAUCCAAACCAGUUGCUCUAAUUCAACUUGGACUAAGAAAUGCUGAUAAAAAAGAACGAGUUACAGUGGAAUUUGAUAAAAAAAGUCUAACAGAACUUUAUCAAGGACUGGAAAAAAUACAACAACAACUUGAUGCUAUAAAAUAAUAAUCAUCAUCAAUACAUGUUGAGUAAUACUUUUGUUCAUUAAAAUAUAUAUUUAUAUUACAAAAAAAAAAAACAAUACUGAAAUAUUUAUGAUAAAUUGAACGUUGACAUUGGAAGAGGAGGAUGCUGAUCAGUGUCAUGAAAUACUUGAUUUGUAUGAGUCUGUGAUUGAUUGUUAUCAUCAUUAUCAUUUGAUUUUGUUUCUAUUUUUGAUACUCUUCUUGAUCGUGAAUUUUGUGAGCUUCUAUGUUUGUCUCGUUGAUGAUGCUGCUCAAAUGGUAUUGUCUCAAGCAUAUGUAACUCAGUUCUAUCAAAUAAUUUGCCUCGAAAAACAACAAGUACCACCACGAGUAUCAUAAAAAAAAGUACAAUUAUCGUUGCUGCUCCAACAGCCCAUGCUAGUAACUUGUCUUCUAAAAAUUAAAACAUCAAAUUAUCUUUUUUUUUUUAAAUUGGUUAUUCAAGUUUUUCAACUUACCAUUUGAAUUAUCUCGCAAUACUACUGAUAUAUUUCUUAUUUCAAUCAGUCCAUCAUCAUCAUCAAUGAUAAAACGACAAAUCCAAUUACCAAAAUCACUUUGACGUGGUAUAAAUUUUAAAGUACACAUUCCAUUUGUGUAAUUCAUGAAAAAUUCUUCUCUAAAAAAAUGUAUUUUUCAUUGAUAUAAUUGAGUAUGAUGUUGAUAAUUAAAAUUUGUAGUUAAACGAGUCACCUUGUGAUUGAAGCUGAUUCAUUUUUAAUACUUCUAUCAAUACCAUCAUGUAUCCACUGGCAUUUAAGGUCAGCUGGAGUUUCAUGAUCAUGCUGAGGAUCAAGUGUACAUGCUAAAGUAACUCUUCUAUGUACAUCUGUCCACAUUACUAUUGCUAUUUAAAUAUUAAUUUAUAAAAUUAAUUUGUUUCUUUAUUAAUUAUUAUUUUACAUGCAAACAUUGCUUACCCAUAUUAACACACGAGCUGACUAUUUUAUAAAUUUUUUGCCAACUAUGUAGUCACUGAUGCGUGCAAACACAUUGCAUGAUAAUCAUUUUUUAAAUAUGUUUAAGCAUGAUAACUGAAGUGCAAUUACCCUGUUGAAUUAAUUUUUCUUUUGUUCCACAUUGAUAAAAUGAUAACAGGUAAUGGUAGCAUGAGCGAAAUAGAAAGAAAAAAAAAAAUAAAUAACUGCUGAUGAUUUAUUUUUAAAAUUUAUUUAUAUUAAAUUACUUUGAAUAUUCUUUUUUUUUUUUUUUUUAAAUCAACACAAUUAUCUAGAUAAUAACAAUAAUUUGUUUUAUUUUUUUUUAUUAUUGAUUAAGUAUUUUUUCUUAUGUUUUCUAUCGUUUUAAAUAAUUAAUUUAUAGUUAAUCAACAAAUGUCAAAUAAAUAAUAGUAACAAGGCAAUGAAUACAUGAAUAUUUUUUUGUUUUCCUUUGACUCGUGUGUUGCACAAUGAAAAACACAAUAAAAAAAAAAAAAAACAGUGUAAAUAAUAAUAGCACACAGAUAAAUAGGUGCGA